AUGGCAACCACCCACAACGGUGCAGACAAUCAACUUAAACCAUCAGAACAUCACCCAACAAUGCUCGAAAGCGCAGAGAAAGCCCUCGCCUCUGAGGCUGUCGAGUACGGUCAAUCACCAAUGCUCAGUCGUACAGCCAGCCAAGAGCUCACCUUGAACGAGACCAAUCACUCCAAUGACAAUGACAAGUCAGAGGGUAAAGAUGUAGAGAAGGCAGAGCCAACACAAGAUAACUCUGGUUUGUUAUCCGGUAUACGUUUGUAUCUGGUAUUCUUGUCUCUCAUGUUGAGUGUAUUUAUGUUCGCUCUUGAUCAAUCUAUCGUCUCCACUGCUAUUCCCCAAAUUGUGUCAGAGUUCCAAGCCUUCGACCAAGUCUCAUGGAUCAUCACUGGGUAUUUCCUCACACAAUGUGGUCUCAUCCUCCUUGUCGGUCAACUUCUCACCAUUCUUAAAGCCAAAUGGAUGCUUCUCGGUGCCGUCUUCUUCUUCGAGCUUGGAUCUUUGAUCUGCGCCGUUGCCAAAGACAUGACCACUUUGAUCGGUGGACGAGCCGUCCAAGGUAUCGGUGCCUCCGGAAUGUUCGUGUCCAUUCUCGCUGUUAUCGCCGUCGUCACUCGAGUCGACCAGCGAGCUGCCUUCAUGGCCUCUUUCGGUAUCGUAUUCGUCAUUUCCAGUGUUGUUGGACCCUUGUUGGGAGGUGUCUUCACUGAGCGAGUCAGCUGGAGGUGGUGUUUCUGGAUCAAUCUGCCCUUCGGUGGUGUAGCUGCCGCCGCUGUCUUGUUCCUCCUUCCCGCCCGUGAUCCCGAGGUCAAUGAGAACACCCCUCACGAUCGAACCUUGCUCGGCAAACUUAGACGAAUGGAUUGGCUUGGUACCGCCUUGAUCUUCCUUACUGUCACUUGUCUCCUCUUGGCUUUGGCCUGGGGUGGUAACGAAUAUGCUUGGAGCAACUGGAGAAUCAUCCUCCUUUUCAUUCUCGGUGGUUUACUCGUCAUCUCUUUCGGCGCAUGGCAAUGGUACUACGAUAAACAUGCUCUCAUUCCCCUUUCUCUGCUCAAGAAUCGAUCAGUCAUCGCUUGUGCGGGAGCGAUGUUCUUCUUCAUGUUGGCUAUGUUGGGUGGUACCUACCAACUUCCUCUCUUCUACCAAGCUGGUCGAGCACACUCACCCGAGAAAUCUGGUAUUGAUAUCAUCGCUUUCAUGUUGUCAAUCUGUAUUGCCAUUUUCAUUUCCGGUGGUAUCACUACCAAAUUUGGACGAUACUAUCCUUUCCUUCUCAUUGGCCCCCCCAUCUCUGCCAUCGGUUUCGGUCUCUUGUACACCAUCGACGCCGAGAUGUCAAAUGCCAGAAUUAUCGGAUAUCAAAUCUUGGCUGGUUUCGGUAUUGGUCUUAGUUUCCAAAACGUUCUUAUCGCCGUCCAAGCAGAGUACCAUGAUCAACCUGCUCUUUUACCUCAAGCAACUGGUGUUGUGUCAUUCUUCCAACUUACUGGUGCUGCUAUCGGUAUUGGUAUCAUCAACACCGUUCAAUCCGUUUUCCUGAACACUGAGAUCAAACGACUCGCUCCCAACGUCGAUUUCGAGACUGUCCGACAAUCGGUUUCAGCGAUCUAUCAACUUCCUGUCGCUGAUCAACCCCCUGUCAUCGACGCAUACAUUAUCAGUAUCACCAAAUCAUUCAUUCCCAUCAUUGCCGCUUGUAUCCUCGCUUUGAUCUUCGGUGCAUUCAUCAGAAACCACAAUAUGCUCACCAAAGGUGGUGCAGGUGCUGCUCAUAUGGCUUAG